CGCGUCUACGAGCCUCAGCUGGACGUUGGGAAUUGCUGGAGAGCCGUUUCGCUUGUGCAAAGUGAUGCGCUGACAAAAAUCGGCUUGCGAUCUUCUCUGGACCACAUUUCCCAGAGGGCCUUAUGGCCUGUCGCUUUUUUCGCAGGAACUUGAAGGUUUUCGUCACGCCUGGCGGGAUUGUUAGAGCAGUGAGGAAACCUCUCUGAGGUCUGGUCAGAUUCUAGCGCUGGACAGCAGUAAGUCACUCAGAAGAGGAGAAAAGAAUGCCUGAUGAACUUCUACAAGCAUUAUCGAAGGGAUCAAUGAUGUUCAAGGAUGUGUCUAUAGACUUCUCGCAGGAGGAAUGGGAAUGUCUGGACUCUGGUCAGAUGAGUUUAUACAAAGAAGUGAUGCUGGAGAAUUUCAGCAACCUGGUUUCAGUGGGACUUUCCAAUUCUAAGCCAGCUGUGAUCUCUUUAUUGGAACAAGAAAAAGAGCCAUGGAUGGUUGAAAGAGAGCUAACCAGAAGCCUGUGUUCAGAUCUGGAAUCAAUGUGUGAGACCAAGAUAUUAUCCCUAAAGAAGAGACAUUUCAGUCAAGUAAUACUUAGCCAUGAAGACAUGCCCACUUUUAUUCAGCCCACCUUUCUCACUCCACAUCAAAAAACUAUUAAUGAAGAGAAACCCUGUGAGUGUAAGAUAUGUGGAAAGACCUUUAAUCAAAACUCACAAUUUAUUCAACAUCAAAGAAUUCAUUCUGGUGAGAAACCUUAUGAAUGUAAGGAGUGUGGGAAGUCCUUCAGUCGUGGCUCACUUGUUACUCGGCAUCAGAGGAUUCACACUGGUGAAAAACCCUAUGAAUGUAAGGAAUGCGGCAAGGCUUUUAGUUGUAGUUCGUAUUUUUCUCAGCACCAGAGGAUUCAUACUGGUGAGAAACCCUAUGAAUGUAAAGAAUGUGGAAAAGCCUUUAAUUAUUGCUCAAACCUUAAUGAUCAUCAGAGAAUUCACACCGGUGAAAAACCCUAUGAAUGUAAAGUAUGUGGAAAGUCCUUUACUAAAAGUUCACAGCUGUUUCCACAUCUGAGAAUUCAUACCGGUGAGAAACCUUAUGAAUGUAAGGAAUGUGGAAAAGCCUUUACUCAACACUCAAGGCUUAUUCAACAUCAGAGAAUGCAUACUGGUGAGAAACCUUAUGAAUGUAAGGAAUGUGGGAAGGCCUUUAGUAGUGCCUCAACCCUUACUAACCAUCACAGAAUUCAUGCUGGUGAGAAACGCUAUGAGUGUAAAGAAUGUGGAAAGGCCUUCAUUCAGAGCUCAGAACUUAUUCAACAUCAGAGAAUCCACACAGAUGAAAAACCAUAUGAAUGUAAUGAAUGUGGGAAGGCCUUUAAUAAAGGCUCAAACCUUACUAGGCACCAGAGAAUUCACACUGGUGAGAAACCCUUUGAGUGUAAAGAAUGUGGGAAGGCAUUUGGUAGUCGCUCAGACCUUAUUCGCCAUGAGGGAAUUCACACUGUUUGAAUGAAAAGAAAGGUCCUUUAUAACAUUUUUUUUUUUGAGACAUAGUCUCACUUUGUUGUCCUCUGUAGAGUGCUGUGGCAUCACAACUCACAGCAACCUCCAAUUCUUGGGCUUAAGUGAUUCUCUUGCCUCAGCCUCCCCAGUAGCUGGGACUACAGGCCCCACCACAAGGCCUGGCUAUUGUUGCAGUUGUCACUGCUGUUUUAGCGGGUCCAGAUUUGAAUCCACCACCCUCGGUAUACGGGGCCAGUGCCCUACCCACUGAGCCACAGGCGCCCCCUAUAACAUUUUUAAAAUAGGUAAUUAAGGGGCGGCACCUUAAUUACUCGGGAGGCUGAGGCAAGAGAAUCGUGUAAGCCCAAGAGUUAGAGGUUGCUGU